AUGUGUCAAGAUGAGGGCGGAACACUAUUCGACCCGCAGGACCCCGCCGUGUCCGGUCUCAUCGACGCCCUCGAGCAAUUCCAGAGCUUCUACACGUAUUUUCACAGAUACGCAUGCCUUUUUAUAUGUAUAAUUGGAGUGUUGAGUAAUGCGAUUCAUAUUGCGGUGUUAUCCCGCCCCAGAAUGCGUCGCUGCGCAGUGAAUAGUGUCUUGACUGCUGUAGCCUUCUGUGACGUCAUCACAAUGACAUCUUAUAGUACCGACCACGGUUAUAGUUACAUAUGGUUAGUGUUCCUCAAAUUCCAUGUCUGGUCAUCAAUGACACUUCAUGCUAUCACACUUUACAUGGGCGGUGUGUUGGCAUUUAUCCGGUGGCAAGCGUUGGGGAACAUUCAUAGCAAAUGGUUACAACCGAGGAACUCGUGGCAAGUCUUCGCCAUCGUCAGUGUGGUGAUGUCAAUCGUCUGCCUUCCGACACUCGUCCUCCACAAAAUCUACGAAAUCGAUACGUCUGAAAUUGAAACGGCUACAGUAUCCGAAGUGCUCCGACUCAGUGGACAGAGUAUUCCGAAAGAAGUUCGAUAUAGCUUGAAUUUUUCCACGUACUCGUGCGCGUUCUUCAAAUUCAAUUUGUGGAUGUUGGCUGUGGUUUUGAAGGCCAUCCCAUGUGCUCUCCUCCUCUGGUUCACCAUUGCCCUGGUCCUAAAACUCCGUCAAACCGACGAGAAACGCAAUUAUCUCUACUCGAAAAGCUUCCGGAAGCACGUCAAAAAGACUACAGUACCCGAUAGGACCACGUACAUGCUUAUAAUUAUGCUAGUGGUUUUUCUGGUCACAGAACUGCCUCAGGGCUUUCUGGCGUUGUUGAAUGGGCUGUACACUGGGGAUGUCAACAUUUAUAUUUAUAAGAAUUUGUCGGAGCUGCUGGAUUUCUUGUCACUUAUUAAUUGCAGCGUCGACUUCCUCCUCUACUGUGUCAUGAGCUCCCGAUACCGACAAACCUUUGGUCACAUGCUCAUCCGCGUCGAGUCAUGGCUCCGAAAUCACGGAGAACGUCGUCGUCUCGCGAGAGAAAUCAAAAAGAAGCUUCCCGCCCCUGUCGGUGUAUAA